AUGGUCAUCCAAAGCAAAUCUCUCGUAAGCACCUCGCCUGGCCCAGAUCCUGUCACUCUGAUCGCCGAGGAAAGAGCCAAUGCUACUUUUGAUCCAGUUGACAUGCACGCUGUGAUUGAAGGCUCUCCAGAGAAGGCCCAGAAGAUCUUGGAGCUUUACCAGUCUUUGGAGAGAGACCCAAUCUUGGCUCCUGGUUACCACGACUAUGAGCUUUCUCGUGAUGAGAACAGAGAGCAGACCACUGCCAGAAUCGCCAGAAUGACCCAGUAUGUGGAGAACGAGCCAUAUGAGGACUUCUGGAGAAGAUUGAACUUGAUGACUGUCUACGACCCAUCCUUGGGUAUUCGUAUUUCUGUCAACUUGGGUCUUUUCAUUAACUGUAUCCGUGGUAACGGUACUGAGGCUCAGUACAACUACUGGUGUGUUGAGAAGGAGUCCCGUCAUAUGAAGCAGUUGUGGGGUUGUUUCGGUAUGACUGAGUUGGGCCACGGUUCCAACGCCGCUGGUGUCGAAACUACCGCUACUUUCGAUGAAAAGAGUGAUGAAUUCAUUAUCAACACUCCUCACAUUGGUGCUACCAAGUGGUGGAUUGGUGGUGCUGCUCACUCUGCUACUCACGUUGUGGCUUACGCUCGUUUGAUCAUCAAGGGUAAGGACUACGGUGUCAAGACUUUUGUCGUGCCAUUGAGAGAUGCUAGACACCAGUUGAUGCCUGGUGUGGCCAUUGGUGACAUUGGUUCCAAGAUGGGCCGUGAGGGUGUCGACAACGGUUGGAUCCAGUUCUCCAAGGUUAGAAUCCCAAGAUUCUUCAUGUUGCAGAAGUUCUGUAAGGUUGACCGUUCCGGUAAGGUUGACUUGCCUCCAUUGGAACAAUUGUCUUACAUUUCUCUUUUGCAGGGCCGUGUCGGUAUGGCUUCUGACAGUUACCGUAUCUGUGCUCGUUUCAUUACCAUCGCUACCAGAUAUGCUGUUGGCAGACGUCAAUUCAAGAGCGACCAGCGUGAAGACGAGAAGGAGGAGACUCAAUUGAUCAACUACCCAUUGCACCAGCGUCGUAUCAUGCCAUACUUGGCUUUGACCUACGCUAUGGGUCUUGGUACCGACCGUUUGGAAAGACAGCACGCUGAGACUGUCAAGACCUUGGACGAUGCUGUGGCUAAGAAGAACGAGAAGGCUAUUUACGCCGCCUUGGCCAACACCAAGUCUCUUUUCGUCGACUCUGCUGCUCUUAAAUCUACCCUUACCUGGUUGGCUGAGCAAUGUAUCACUGAAACCAGACAAGCUUGUGGUGGUAGUGGUUACUCUGCUUACUCCGGUUUCGGUAAGUCCUACGCCGACUGGGUUGUCCAAUGUACCUGGGAAGGUGACAACAACGUGUUGGGUAUGUCUGCUGGCCGGACAUUGAUCAAGAACAUCCAGACCAUUCUCGAGAAGGAUAUCAAGAUCAAGGGCUCAACCGCCUACUUGUCCGAUGCCAAGGAGUACCUCAACAGAAAGUACUACUUGAAGCGUGAGGAACAAUUGACUGCCAUUGAGGCUCUCCGUGCUCUUGAGGUGUUGAUUGUCAGAGUUGCCGCUGCUGCUGCUGAGAAGCAGGAGAAGUUGGAGUCUUGGGAUGCUGUUUCUUACGAGCGUGUCUUGUUGUCUAAGUUGCACGCCCACCACUACUUGUUGGAGACUCUCUUCCUUGCUACUAGAAAGGCCCAGAAGCCAGAAAUUGCUUACGUCUUGUCCAAGGUCACCAAGUUGUACCUCUUGACUAACGUCUUGGAGGCAUUUGCUCGUGACUUUGUGUCUUACGCUGUUGUCAAGCCACAGCUCUCCUUGGCCAUUUCUUCCAAGCUCGUCCCAGAGUCUUGUUUGGAGGUCAGAGGCCAGGCCGUGCCAUUGGUUGACUCGUUCCAGCAGCCAGACGGUUUCUUGAACUCUGCCAUUGGUGUCUACGAUGGUAACAUGUACGAGAACUACUUCAAGGUUGUCAAGACCCACAACGACCCUACCAAGACCAAGGCUCCAUACUCGCUUGACUUGGAGGAUAUGUUGAACCGUGGAUCCAUCCAGCUGAGAGCCAGAUUUGAAAACGACAUCGAGGCAUCCAAGAAGUUGUCUUCGUAA